UUGAGGACACCUUGCCUAGCAGACGAAAAAAAUAUCUAAGCUAGAUAUACAUUGGUCUUGUUAUCUCUGUUAUGACCCCUUUAAAACUAUGACACGGUAAUAUACAUUCAUGUGUUUCCUGUCGUCCUGUUCAUAAUAGUACGUCAGUUGGCUUUGUCCAGUCUGUAAAUUUAUUUCACCACACAGACAACCUAGAGUAUUGACACAUUUACCAGUCAAUGGAUGGACGUUUAAUUUUUACAAAUACUCAUCUUACAUCAGUUGUAUAAGGAGAACGGACACUGCUGAGAUGGCCAAUCAAGAUGUUGUGUCUAUAUUUUCAUCUGCUGUUAAUUCUGUACUGCCCCAUCAUUUGAUACGUAAACAUAUACAGUUGGAUCACAAUGGAAAAAAUUUGGUCAUAGAGGAUAAGAAAUAUAAGUUAGAUAACAAUGUUUAUGUUGUUGGUUUUGGGAAGGCUGUAUUGGGGAUGGCCAGGGCAGUAGAUGAUACUUUAUCACAGCACAUAGUUAAAGGUAUUAUUAGUGUACCUACAGGAAUUCAGGAAAAUUUCAGAGAUGCUGGCAAGCUUGAUAUGUUACUGGAUUCUAACAGCAAAAUAGAGGUGAGAGAAGGAUCUAAAAACAAUAUGCCAGAUAAAAGUUCUUACCAAACUGCUGUGAGAAUUCAGGAUUUGGUUUCUAAACUGAGGGAAAAGGAUCUCCUAAUUGUCUUGAUAUCAGGAGGUGGAUCUGCCUUGUUGCCACUACCAAUACCACCAGUUACACUGGAGGAAGAAUUGGAACUUACACAGAUUUUGUCUAAAAAUGGAGCCACCAUUGAUGAACUUAAUAUUCUCAGGAAAAAUAUUGAAGUUUUGAAAGGAGGAGGCUUGGCAAAACAAGCAUUUCCAGCAAAGGUUGUUGCCUUGAUUGUGUCAGAUGUUAUAGGAGACAAGCUGGAGAUAAUAAGCAGUGGUCCCACGGUGGCUGACAAGUCUACCCCACAACAAUGUCUGAUGAUUCUCAAACAAUUAAAUAUACAAGACAAAAUACCAGUAUCUAUUAACACUCUUCUUGUAAGACGUACAAGGGAAAUUACUAAAAGUACAGGUGCUGUGGAAUAUACUGGAGGAACACAGUGGGAACAUGUUCAAAAUGUUAUCGUUGGAAAUAACAAAAUGGCGCUGGCCGCAGCCUCUAUGAAGGCAGAACAACUUGGUUUCCUGCCUAUCAUUUUAAGUUCUGUCUUAGAUGGUGAGGCAAGUAAAGUUGGUGUGAUGUUUGGAAUGCUUGCAAGAUAUGCUGCACUCUCAUUUGGGUACAAAGUAUCAAAUCCAAAAAGUAGUGACUAUGUUCAGUUGGAAUUAGAUCUGGUGUCAAAAGGGGUUCCGAAGAAAACCUUGAAAAAAGUAGUUGCUCUGGCUCACCAUGCUUAUAAUAUUAAAAAAAACAUCUGUAUACUGACUGGAGGGGAGACAACUGUGCAAGUAAAAGGUUCAGGAAAAGGAGGGAGAAAUCAGGAGAUGGCUGUUGCUUGUGCUUUGGAAAUAGACAAACAAUGUCAUAGUGAUACAUCAGUUCUGGCAAAUUUUGAUUUAAUUUUUCUGAGUGGUGGAACAGAUGGUAUAGAUGGACCAACCCCAGUGGCUGGUGCAGUGAUAGAUCAAACAUUUAUACAAAAAUGUAAUGACAAUAAUAUGGAUGCAUUGACCUACUUACGAAACAAUGACACAUUUAAUUUAUUUGAGAAAAUAAGUGAAGAAUGUUUUAUACUAAUUGGUCAUACCGGUACAAACGUAAUGGAUAUACAAGCUUUGGUGAUUAAGAGCAAAAAAUGAAAUAUUUACACCAAAGAAUGAAUGUUUAUCCUCUAAUGCAUAUAUUUUUCUCAUCAAAAUGAGUUAGCAAUAUUUUGUAAAUCAGCAAAGUUUGAGUCAUUCUGGGAACUUUUUGAGAAAACACAGGGCGACCUAGUCACAUUAAAGAUGGAGAAACAAAUGACCUAAUUAUUUUCAGAUCCUUUUUAUAUUUGUAUUUAUAUUUAUAUAUAUAUCUAUACAGAAAUCCAGACAAUUUGUAUUCAAUACCAUAUUUAUAUUAUGAUUUGUUAAAAUGAAAAUAGAAAUGUAAAGCACAGCUUUCAUAUUUAAUAAUUUGGAUUUUUUUACUGGCAUUUAUAUCGGUGAAAGAUAAGUAUUAAUAGAUAUGUUUAUUUGUUCCUUGAAGAACCUUAGAAAUACAAAUGGGUUUUUUCAUCAAACAUACAGUUUAGGGGGAGGAGGGUAUUAGAUAGCAGUGCAAGUUUUUUAUAAUCAUUUAUUGUUGAAUGAUUAUUUUCCCUGAAAAACAUCAGCUGCCAGUAUAGGAAAUAUUAGCUGGUUUAAUACUUUGAUUGUGUACAGUAAAGGUCUGACAGUGAGCUUUAUUUAAUACAGUAUUUUUUGUAACUAUUUUGCUUGUUUGAAUGUUUUAUUAUACUGUUACAUUUGUAUUUAAGAAUAAAGUGCUUUUCUUUUA